AUGGUCAGUUUUGCUGGAUACCUAAUGCCCGUACAAUAUGGAGAUGUUAGUAUCUCUGCAUCCCACAAGCACACUCGGGACCAUUGCUCUCUGUUUGAUGUUUCUCACAUGCUUCAGACUCGGAUCCAUGGACAGCAACGAAAGGAAUUUUUAGAAAGCCUCACUGUGUGUGAUGUACAGGGACUCAGAGAGAACCAUGGCUCCCUGUCUCUUUUCACGAACUCCAAUGGAGGCAUAAUUGAUGAUCUCAUUUGCAGCUCAACAUCCCAGGGUUAUCUGUAUGUUGUCUCAAAUGCAGGGUGUAGAGACAAAGUCAUUCCUUUGUUCAAAGGGCAUGAAAAGGAAUUCCAGCAUCUUGGUAAGGACUCUUCAAUUGAAUUCCUGGACAACUUUGGUCUGAUUGCUCUACAGGGACCUGAAGCCCAUUCCAUCUUGCAGAAAGUAGUAGAUUUUCCAGUGAACAAAGUCAGAUUCAUGACCACUACAACUGGAAAUGUCUGUGGUAUCGAAGGCUGCCGUGUGACUCGCUGUGGCUACACAGGAGAAGAUGGAUUUGAGAUCUCUGUCCCAGUUGAAAAGGCUCAAAAGCUAGCAGAGGAAUUUCUGAAAUUUCAGGUCCAGCCUGCUGGUUUGGGAGCAAGGGACUCUCUGAGACUUGAAGCUGGAUUAUGUCUCUAUGGGAAUGAUAUUGAUGAGUCCACCACACCAGUGGAAGCUGGAUUGACCUGGACAAUUGGGAAGUCCAGGCGUGAACAUCGAGGUUUCCCUGGUGCAGAUUUCAUUUUGAAGCAGUUGAAAGUGAAGCCUGAUAAGAGGCGGAUUGGGUUGACAAGUGAAGGUCCGCCUCCAAGAUCUGGGAUGAAGAUUCUGGAUGAAAAUGGGAUGGAAGUUGGGAUCAUUACCAGUGGUUGCCCUUCUCCGACACUGGGAUACAAUGUGGCUAUGGGAUACGUCCAGUCUCCCUUGGCUAAGCAGGGUUCUGUUCUUCAUGUCAAAGUGCGAAAUAAGUUUGUUCGGGCAACAGUCACUAAGAUGCCUUUUGUGCCUACCAAAUACUUCACGGGUUAG